AUGGGUAUGGGUAGUAAAAUUUCUCCACUUCUGGCGGAACUCUUUAUGAGUGAUUUUGAGGAUAAGCUGAAAACGGAAAAACUUUUCGCACGUGUGUGGAAACGGUAUGUUGACGAUAUCUACGCUAUAGUUAAAGAACGCUACCUACCCCAAACACUAAAUUGGUUAAACACCCAGCAUGAAAAAAUAAAAUUCACUGUGGAGCGAGAAGUAGAUGGAAAGUUACCAUUUUUGGACCUGUUGAUUACCAGAAAGGAAGACAAUACUCUGAAGUUCAGCAUUUUCCGCAAACCAACAUCUACAGACCGCUACAUUACUACGGACUCGAAUCACUUCGGGGCCCAAAAACAAGCAGCCUUUCACUCUAUGGCGCACCGCCUGGUCAAUAUACCCAUGGAGAGGGAGGACUUUGCAGCCGAAAGCCAAAAAAUUCAGAAAGCGGCUGAAUUAAAUGGGUACGACAAGAGUUUUGUGGAUAAAAUAAUCGGUAAACAUAUCCGUAAAAAACAGCGUCAAGAUACCACCACUUUACAGCCGGAAAAAGAGCAAAUCCACAGAAUCAGUUUACCAUUUUACCCUAAAGUGACGAACCACAUUAGGAAAAUUCUCAAGCGGCAUGGCUUCCAUGUGGUUCAUAAAAGCGGUAAUACAUUACAGGAGCUUCUAAACAAUCAAAAGGACAAAGUUCCGCCCGAAGAACGGUCGGGUAUCUACGAAAUCCCCUGUAAGGAUUGCCCAGCGGUGUAUAUCGGACAAACCCGUCGAAAAUUUAAAACUCGGCUAAAAGAACAUAAAAAAGCUGUGGAAAAUGAAAGGACCAAUGAUUCGAGUGUAGCGAUGCAUUCUAUCUGCCUCCAACAUGAAAUUGAUUGGGGGAACGCAAAGCUGCUAAAAAAUGUGAGAAAAUCCUCUCAUUUAAAUGCGUGGGAAUCGAUGUACAUCAGCACCGCCGAUCGACUUUUAAUGAAUGAAGAUGAGGCGCUCAUCUCAUCGCCUCUCUUCCAACUGACGAAAUUGAAUCUGUAG